AAUGAUACUAGUGUAUCAGUCAGACGUCUGGACAGUUGUAGUUUUCAGCUUCAUCAUGUCUGGACUCCUGUUAUUUGUCAUCUUCGUGAUUUCCUCACCUGAGAUUCAAGGACAAGGUCAGAAACCAGAGAUGAGUGUUCAGCAUUUUGAUGGGGAAUAUGUUCUCAUCAUAUGCUCUCUGCCUGGAUCUGUGAAAAACGAUACAAGAUGUAAUCUGUACUUUGGAGAAGCAAGUCGUGCAGUCCUAAAUCAAACUGUGAAGAAGGAACGCAACAAAAAAGACCAGAGGUUCUGCCAGUUUUAUGUCUCCGUUGCUGAUUUUUUGAGACAUCUACUUCUUGUUCAACAAAAGGAUGCCAGCUGUGAUUACAGUUUGGAAAGUGAACCCAACUCUUUGUCACCUCAUAGUGAUCGAUACAACAUGCAGGAUAUUUUGGAGAAAGAAUCACCAACAACCAAAGUGAACUCACCAUGUACCAUGACCACAGCACUGAGUCUCAGCAAUCCCAGUGCUUCCAAUAAUACCACUCCUGUAACCCCACUAUCAGAAGUUCCAAAUCUUCAAAACCCUACCUCACAAAAGAAAAAGAAAACAUCAGCAGCAUCAAGAAUAACCACCACAAAGUCAACAUCUACCACAGCAAAACCGCAGCAAGAUUCUUCCCCCUCUACCACUGUGAACUCACCGUCUAAGUCAGCAGAAUCAAGUCUCACGACAGCCAGGGCUUCCACUUCUACCAGUACUGUGGACUCACCAUCAGAAGAAGUCUCAAGAAAGAUAAACACAAAAUCAUCAUUUACCUUGACCACAGCAGAAUCGAGUCUCAGCAGUUUCAGUGCUUCCACUUCUACCACUUCUGUCAUCUCACCAUCAGGAACGGGGACACUGACUGUUGUGCUGGUCGUCGUUGGUUCUGGUGUAACUGUGGGUGCCAUCUUAUUGGUACUGGCACUUUUCAGAUCUAAAAGAAGAACGGAAGGAUAUUCUCUAAAGAGGACAAGAACCAACAUCCAAGAUGACUUUGUGUGCAUGACAAAUAUUGACCCUGGAAGAAUGUUACCUGAAGGUGAUGAUGGAGCCUACAGUGUGAUCACUUCAAUACCCGGUGCCAGCUGUGCUACCGGUGCUGAGAAACUGAACAAACAAGAAAGGAAAGAGCAAGAUUCUGAUAUUUAUCAUCCAUACGCCACCAUCUCUGAGAAACCAGCUGCACCAGUCUCACAGGACAUGACCUACAGCAUGCUGCAGGCACAUUGAUGAUGCUUAUUAUUUUAUUUUCAGUAAUGUAAAUACCCACUGUUACUCUGUCAGUACUGGAAAUGUUUUCUGUUCCUUGAACAAACUGUACUCUGCAGAAGCUGCAAGUUAAGAUUGUAACCGUGUUUUUGUUCUAAUCAAUGUUAGCACAACAUUUUGAAAUUGGAUAUUUUUCGGUAUUGUAAGACAUUAAACACAGAGACAUACUUAUAUACAAACACAUGAUACGGUAUCAUGCACACAACCAAAGAUCCCAGAGGGACUAAAAGAGAAGUAAUGCACAUUAUGUCAUUCCAUAACCAGUUCACUUAAUCAAAAUAGACUGGUAAUGGGGCUGCAGUGUUUAUUUCAAUUCAACCCAGUUUUGUUUAUAUAGCACAAAAGCACAACAACAGUUACCUCAAGAUUAUCACUGUUACCUCAGAGCAUGAGGGUCCUGGAAUCCAAACCACCAGCCAGCUGGGCUUUUCUGUGUGGAGUUUGGAUGUUCUCACUGUGCUGGGUCGGUUCUCUCCAGGCUUCCUUCCAUACUUCAAAGACAUGCAUGGUGUUAGGUUAACUGGGGGAUUGAAAUUGGUCACACUGCAUAAAGGUUUUCCUGUCUUUAUGUGUUAGGGCCCCAUUAUAUCUGCCUUUCAUGUAUAUAAGACACUGUAGUCACUAUAUUUCUGCUAGUUAAUGUCAAAUUGCCAUCUGUGUUUAGCUCAAAAAUUUUGCACAGCAUUUUUCCUGAAACUAUUUUUUCUUGUAUACAGGGAGUGCAGAAUUAUUAGGCAAAUGAGUAUUUUGUCCACAUCAUCCUCUUCAUGCAUGUUGUCUUACUCCAAGCUGUAUAGGCUCGAAAGCCUACUACCAAUUAAGCAUA